GUUUUUCCCAGCCCUAUUUGGCAGCUGUGACAGCUGAUUGUGCGUUUCAAUUCAUAAUCACCGACGAACAUAACAAAAUGUCGAAAUUACUCUCGUAUACAGCAAGAAUUACUCUGCGUAACUCACGCAUCACCACAGUCAGCCAGCAAGGGGUUCGAGCUUUUGCGGGCUUUGCGUCAGGGCAACGAACUACGCCGCAGCCGGCUUAUGGUCGCCCAGCACAGGGACUUUUGCGCCAGGAGCUGCUGUCGCCGGUUGGUAAGCGAAGCAUGUUCAUCCAGACACAGGACACACCGAAUCCAGACAGUCUCAAGUUUCUGCCCGGCGUCGAGGUGCUGGGCAAGGGCAACACCUAUGAUUUCCCCAGUGGAACGGCUGCCCACAACAGUCCAUUAGCCAAAUUGCUGUUUCGCGUGGAGGGCGUGCGGGCGGUGUUCUUUGGCUCUGAUUUCAUCACCAUCUCCAAGGAGGAGAACGCCGAAUGGAGUCUGAUAAAGCCCGAAGUGUUUGCCGUCAUCAUGGACUUCUUUGCCAGUGGUCUGCCCAUAGUGCAUGAGGCACGCCCCAAUGCCGACACAGAGAUACUCGAGGAUGAUGACGAGACGGUGAUGAUGAUCAAGGAGCUGCUCGACACACGCAUCCGUCCCACAGUGCAGGAGGAUGGCGGCGACAUUGUCUUCAUGGGCUACGAGGGCGGCAUUGUCAAAUUGAAGAUGCAAGGCUCCUGCUCAUCCUGUCCCAGCUCCAUUGUCACCCUCAAGAACGGCGUACAGAAUAUGCUGCAGUUUUACAUACCCGAAGUGGAGUCCGUGGAGCAGGUCUUUGACGACGCUGACCGCAUGGCCGACAAGGAGUUCGAGCGCUUCGAAAAGAAUCUAAAACAAAAGGAGCCCGCUGGUGCGCCGGUGGGCAUAGGCGGUAGCCCCAACUAGUCGUCGUUCUCGAGUUGCUCUUAUCAAUCCUUUCGUUGCUAAUUCUGUAGUCAAAUCCUAGCUAUACAUUUUAUGUAUACAAAUUAAAAUGUUAAUUAGUUAAAUGUA